AAUUUUUGAUAAAUCACAUGGAACUAUUAGAGAAUAAAAGUUCAAGCAGCAGCAAAGGCUCAGGCAUGGAAGUCGAUCAUCCCUUCCCGCUGAGACCUGAAAGCAAGAGAUUGGGAAGACCAGUCGAUGUGUUUACCAAUCAUUAUGAAUUCAAGUGCGACUUAGGAGGAAGAAAUGUAUUAUUUGAGUACCAAAUUCAAACUGAACCACAGCUGACUUGUCAUUCAAAUGAAGAAAAGAUGAAACUAGCAAAAAUUAUGAAGAAACUCAGACCAAAUCUUGAACAACAGUUUGAGAACUAUGUUUACUGGGAAGGCUUCAUCUAUUCAUUCGAGAAGUUUGAUGAUAUUAGUGCACUUGCAGAAGGAGAGAUUGAAGAAGAUGGAGUACCCUAUCUUGUUACUAUAAAUCUUCAUAAAGCACUUCCUUUCGAUAACCCAAGAGUGACAAUGUUCUUCAGAGCUUUUCUCAACCAAAUGCUGAGGAAAUGCAAGUUCAGGCUUGCAAGAGCAGGAAAGCAUUUUGACCCUAGCAAGCCAAAGCAACUUGAUGGUGUAGAUAUGUACAGAGCUUACUUCAACACCACAAGAACUUUUGGAGGAAAGAUUUACUUAAACAUGAAUCCUUCAGUGAAAUUUUUCCAACAAGGAACUCUACUUGAAGAACUGAAUAAUCUGAGAGAUGAGAGAAGUGCCAGAGAUGCAUUCAUGCAUAGAUCUGUAAUGACUAUCUACAAUAAAAGAGUUUACAAGAUCGAUGACAUUGACUUCUCGAAGAAUCCAAGAGAUACUUUCUUCUGUGACCAGCACAGUAAAAAUAAAGAGAUGAGCUUUGCUAAGUAUGUGAAGGAGAACUACAAGCUUGAAGUCACCGACUUUAACCAGCCUAUGAUCAAGCACCACAGCCGGAGAACUAACCAAGAUCUCUAUUUAAUCCCAGAGUUCUGUGUCUUGACAGGAAUCACUGAAAGACAAAAGGCAAUAAAUUUUAAAGAAAUCAAAAGCCAAAUGUUUGCUGAUGCUGAUAUGAAGUCCAAGCAAGCUAAAAGCUUCUUCAAGGCUUUGAAGCAAGACCACGAAACUCACAAAGAACUUACAGAAAAAUGGAAGAUCUCCAUUGAUGAAACCCCAAUAGAUGCUAAAGCACAUAUGUGUGGCUUAAGUAAUGUCUAUGGCGGUAAAAAGGCAAAGUUUGAUCUUUCCGAAAUGCAGAGAGACUUCUCUCGAGAGUUUUCAGCCCCAUUCAAAGCUAAGAAGAUUAACGGAUGGGCUAUUAUUUAUGGUAAGAGCAGUAUGAGAGAGCAUGAUACAUUUAUGAAGCAGUUAAAACAAACGGUAACUACAGACUUCGAAUACAAAUGUACGAAGCCACUUGAAAUAAAACUAAAAGGUAAUGAUAAGAACCCCCAGACCUGGAUUGACUCAGUUUAUUACCUUCAGCAAGACCACUCAUUGGAUGUGAUUAUCUGCAUCGCUCCUGGCAGAAAGGGAAGCUCUCCGAUCUACGAAAGUUUGAAGUAUUAUCUCCAAACAGAGUGAAAUAUUCCGUCACAAGUGAUAUUAUCUGAUACAAUUUCGAGAAACUCAAGAAGUCUAAGGAACAUAAUGAAGAACUUGAUGAUCCAGAUAUGAGCGAAGAUGGGCCACUCUCCGUGGGUAUUCAAGAGCCUGCCUCUGAUGGACAAACCAACCAUGAUUAUUGGCAUGGAUGUUUGUCAUAGAGUUGGAACAAAUAAGAAAUCUGUGCUGAAUUUAGUAGCAUCCAAGGACAAGUGCGUCGCUUCGUUUUACAGUGCUUCAGUAUCGCAAGGAGAGGAGCAAAGAAUUGUAUUCUCGAUACAGAAGCUAUUCAUAGAGGCUCUGCAGGAGUUCAACACCAAGAAUGGCUUGUUUCCUCAAAGAAUCAUAAUUUAUAGAGAUGCUGUAUCCGAAGGUCAGUCUGAAGUAACUCUUGGAACAGAAGUACCAGAGCUUGAAAAGGCCAUAAAGAACCUUAAGGAUUCCGGGCAGAUUGAAGAAGAGCCGAGCAUCUUGUUCAUCCUUGUCAACAAGAGAAUUGAGCAAAGAUUUUUCACUCAGGAUAGACGAGGAAAUUUGAAAAAUCCAAGAAGAGGGCUUGUUAUCGAGAGCAAAAUCACAAGAACUGAUAGAUUUGACUUUUAUAUGAUCUCCCAUGCAGGCCCUACAGGUCUACAGUGACCAGUUAGAUAUGAAGUCAUUAAGAAUACUUUCCAAGACUUGGAUCCGAAGGAUUUGUAUGAUCUUACUAACAUUCUUUGCUAUGGAUUCUACAACCUCCAAGGCGCAGUAAGAAUCCCCUCACCAUUAAUGUACGCCCACACAAUGUGCAACCAAAUCUCCAAAAUAUGCAAUCACCAAGUCGAAGUAGCAGAGACUCCUGAAGCUUUGAAGGAUAAACUUUACUAUAUUUAA